GAAAAAUGCAACAAGUUUUUCUCUCUCAGGCAAGAUUUUCUUCGCGACUUUAGAGUUCAAAAACUCUUGAGACCAUUUCCAUAAAAUGGGAUGAUCUUCUCUAUUGAACAGGUUUACUCCAGCUACUUCUUGAAGAACUCCAACCCAUAGAGCAAUAUAGGCUGCAGCAAUGUCAAGAAACCCGAUGUGCUUUUGCAACCUGCAAGGACUUUUUUCUAGCUUGGAAGUAAGCAAGCAAUCUAUUUCUAUCAGAUCAAUAUCAGCCAUCUCUUGGAGUACUCCAAUCCAGAAAGCAACAUAAUUUGCUGCAAUGUCUACCAACCCGAUGUUCAUUCCGAAUUUGAGGAUAGCAUGUUGGGGCGAAGGUGAAGAUCAGGAAAAAUGCAUUGAGCAGACUAGGGAAAACCUGAAGAUUCUCGAGGAAGAGCUCAAAGGGAAAAAGUUCUUUGGAGGAGAUGCUAUUGGGCUUGUGGAUAUUGUAGCAAGCUACAUUGCUUUUUGGACUGGAGUUAUAGAGAAGGUGAAUGGAGUAUAUCUGAACAAUGAAGAGAAUCACUCUAACCUGUUGAAAUGGUCUCAAGAGUUCUUGAUCUCUGGUGUUGUUAAUAAAAGUUUACCUAAUAGAGAAGAAUUAACUGCUUUGUAUCAGGCUACAAAACAAGCCAUCUUAGCUAAGAAAGUUUCUGUAAAUUAGUUUUGUGAUUUUAGUCACAAACAUAUCUGCAGCAUAUGAAUAAAUGAUGAUUAUGGAUGAGAAAUCUGAGGAAAAUGAAAUGUUUGAUAUGUAUUGUAGCAAGUUGCAUACUAAUUGUUGGAGUCAUAUCUGAUCAAUGGAUUAUGACUUUAAUGUUGCUUUGAAUCAA